UUACAAAAUAAUUCUAAUUGAGACAUCAAUCGUCGGGUUUCGCGUGGUGUAGGGAAUCUGAGACGGGUAAAUCUACCACACUGGUGAAUGUUGCAGCAUGACAAUCCUACCAGAAAGCGCUGAGAGUCCCACCGAGGCAUCCAGUCUCUUGUCAAGCACGACGGCGGUUGGCGAUGAUGCGCGAUUUCAAGAAAAUGGCUAUGGCUCCGUGACUGCCGACUGUGAAAGUUCGAAUAAUUCCGAGUCCACAGUGUCCAAGCCAAAGUACAGCAACUCAUAUAUUGCUAGAGUGGUCGCCGCUUUACUCAUCGGUGUCUUCACUUCUAGCACAGAUGCAUCCUUGGUGUUGGCGACCCAUCCUGUUAUCGCAUCCGAGUUUGGUGAUUUGGCAGACUCAAGCUGGCUGUUCAUCAGCUUCAUGCUCGCUGGAGCCGCCACGCAAUCCUUGUACGGAAAACUUAGUGAUAUCUACGGUCGGAAAACUAUCUUGAUAAGUUGCUAUGGCCUCUUUGCCAUUGGCUGUGCCCUUGUCGGCGCUGGCCAAUCCAUGGGGCAAGUUAUUUUAGGACGGUUGAUCUCUGGGUCAGGAGGUGCUGGAAUGACGACACUAGCCUCUGUCAUUAUUACCGACUUGGCCCCGCUGAGAGAGGUGGCAUCAUGGCAGAGCUACUUGAAUGUCAUCGCAACGGUCGGCCGAAGCAUGGGUGGCCCGCUGGGUGGGUGGUUGGCCGACACUAUCGGCUGGAGAUGGUCCUUCCUCGGUCAAGCCCCGAUCUUUGUUGUGGCCAUGUUCCUCUGCUGGAUAUUGCUACCCGACUCAACGUCUUCUAACCAAGUUGAGAAUGGAGUUGAUCUGCGUAACUCCCUUGCCAGAAUAGACGGACUGGGUGCCUUCCUCCUCGGCAGCGGAAUUUUGGCCCUCAUGUUGCCACUUGAGAUCGGCGGCCAAAAGGUUCCCUGGACUCACCCUUUGGUGUUCUCCCUCGUUGGAGCUGGCAUUCUGCUCCUCUUCUUUUUCGUGCUCGUGGAAGCCGGGUGGGCCAAGGAACCCAUCUUUCCGCUCCGUCUUUUUCGCAAGCGUAACGUAACGAUGUCAUACUUGAUCAUCGCAGCACAGUCUGGAGCACAAUUGGGAAUGAUGUACUCGGUGCCAAUCUAUUUUCAGGUUACUCAGCGCGUUUCUAGUACAGUUGCAGGUGCGCAUCUAUUUCCCGCAGUCAUUGGCAACACUAUUGGCGGUAUUGUCUCCGGAGCCGUGAUCCAGAGGACUGGUCGUUAUAGAAGUCUUAUCAUCUCUUCUGCCCUCUUGUCCAUUUCCAGCUACAGUUUGAUGAUUCUGCGUUGGAAAGGACAUACUGGGUGGGCAGAGUCACUAUAUAUCAUCCCAGGCGGCAUGGGUACCGGUAUCGCAUUCAGCGCGGUAUUCAUUGCAUUACAGGCAGCUAUUGACCCAGCAGACAAAGCCGUGGCUGCGUCAGGACUUUACCUUACCGGCACAAUAGGCUGUAUUGUGGGCUUGGCUGGCUCAAGCGCUACCACUCAAGUCAUCCUGAGACGGGUUGUCCAGGUCAAACUGGCCCAGCAAGGCAUGGAAAAGUCUCUGAUUGACGAAGUCAUCAAAAAAGCGACUGAAAGUGUGACUUUCAUUGAUGAGGCACCCAAAAAGGUUGCAGACAUUCUGGUCGAAGCCUAUAUAAAAGGAAUUGAGUACAGUCACGGGCUGUCUAUUAUCUUUUCCUCCCUCGCUCUCGUCACCGCUCUGCUGAUGAGGGAACGGAGGCUGUAACAGCUUGAAGAUGAACCGGUUGGAAUUAUCCAAUCACAGCUAAUACACGCUCUUAAGCAUCAAGUGGAAUUAUGAGCCUUGAUUUUGUAUAUUUCUUUCUUUCUGUGCUGCCGAAUUCCUAUCGAUAGAUUCAUGGCAACUAUAUAUAUAACUAAGAUUAUAGGAAAUGUUUCAUUUCUAAAGAUUUGUAGCUUCUAAAAUAAUAAAGAAAAUGACCUAAGUUU